AUUGUUGUUUACAUCUUUCUUUGAUCUUAGGUGAUUAUGUUGCGGUCCAAAGUCUUGAGCCUGUUGGCCCGCGGGGCCUCAUCCAGGAUGAUGUCCACUGGCACAAAGUUGACCACCGUGGAGGUUAACGACAAAACAGGAAUCGCCACUCUCACAAUGUGCCGGCCACCAGUAAACGGCUUAAAUUUGGAACUGUUGCAGGAUCUUAAGACCUCCAUCGACGAAAUCGAAAGCAACAAGAGCCGGGGACUCAUUUUAGCUUCUUCGAACGCAACAAUAUUCUCUGCUGGGUUAGAUAUCCUGGAGAUGUACAAGCCAGACAAGGAUAGGAUUCGCGCAUUUUGGUCUCAACUUCAGGAAACUUGGUUGGCGCUAUAUGGCAGCAGUGUGCCUACAGCAGCAGCAAUCAAUGGCCAUUCACCCGCCGGCGGCUGCUUGUUGGCCACAUCCUGCGAGUACCGGGUGAUGUUACCAAAAUUCACAAUAGGUCUGAAUGAAACCCAACUGGGCAUUGUCGCCCCAAAGUGGUUUAUGGCCGCCUUUUUGAGUGUUUUGCCGCAGAAAGACGCCGAGCGAGCCCUCAAUCAGGGCCGUAUGUUCACCACCGAUGAGGCUCUUAAAGUUGGACUCAUCGAUGAGACGGCCAAUAGUAAGGAAGAAGCUAUAGCAAAGUGUGAGGCCUUUAUUGGUACUUUUGCUAAGGUCAAUCCUUUGGCUCGGUCUCUGACCAAGCUGCAAUUCCGGGCAGCUGAUCUUGGGCAGUUGGAGAAAGAACGUAAGGAGGAUCUGGAAAAGUUUUUGUUCUUUAUCAAUCAGCCAGCUGUUCAAAAAGGACUUGGCAUUUAUAUUGAGGGUCUGAAGAAGAAGUCUAAGAAGCAAUAAUUUAAAGAUUUUAUAAUUAAUUUUAAAUAAAGCAAAGCUACUUUCAUAUCAUA